AAACCACAAGCUGCUUUUUCUCAUCGGACGAUUUCCGAAAUGGCGACGAAAAGAGCCCCGAAAUCUCCCAUCAAACCCUUCCAAACUCUUUAAUUUCUUCCCUUCUCGAAUCUCAGCGCUUUGAUUCGGAAUCUCUGUUUGGUAUCUUUACUGCGGAGCUUUCUGAAUCCUUGGUCUUGAUACUCCUCAGUUCUAGAGUCGUCCCUGUUGUUUCCCCUCUUAUUCCAUGGGGAACGCGUGCGGCUGCAUGCCUGAGGCGGAUCCGGGAGGCGGAACCAGAUCGCGGAGCAAGCGGGAUCCGGCUUCGAGGUCACACCGAGCGAUGGCGGCGUCGGAGGAGGAGCUGUUGCACCGUCGAGCGCUGGCGAUUGCCAUACAGCAGACUCAGCUGUCGCAACGCUUUGAAGGCUCCAUGUCAAGGAGGAUCGGCUCCACGAGCUCACGGAGGCGAGACCUCCCUGAUUCGCUGGCUAACCCAAAGCAGCAGCAAGUUUUUCUCGAGAAUCUUCAAACGAAGAAAAUUGUUCUAGUUCAUGGAGAAGGGUUUGGAGCAUGGUGUUGGUACAAAACUGUCUCACUAUUGGAGGAAGUAGGUCUGCAUCCUGUUGCUGUGGAUCUCCGAGGAUCAGGGAUCGAUACUACAGAUCCAAACAAAAUAUCAACCUUAGCAGAUUACUCAAAACCGCUAACCGAUUAUCUCGCGAGCCUCCCCGACGACGAAAAGGUCAUAUUGGUCGGCCAUAGCUGCGGAGGUGCUUCUGUAUCUUAUGCAUCAGAGUGUUUCCCAAAAAAGGUAUCCAAGGCGAUAUUCGUUGCUGCGACAAUGGUAUUGGAUGGACAGAAACCUUUCGAUAUACUCUCCGAGGAAUUAGCAUCUGCCGAUGUUUUCCUGAAAGAGUCUCAGUUUCUAAUUUAUGGAAAUGGGCGAGACGAACCUCCGACCGGACUAAUGUUCGACAAACAACAGCUCAAGGGACUAUAUUUCAAUCAGAGUCCUAACAAGGAUAUUAGUUUGGCUUCGCUUUCCAUGAGGCCCGUUCCAUUGCCACCGAUCAUGGAGAAGUUAUCUCUAACCCCCGAGAACUAUGGUUCGGUGCAACGGUAUUUCAUCCAAACACUUGACGACCGCAUGCUCUCGCCUAACAUCCAAGAGAAGCUAGUGCGAGAGAACCCCGCUCGUGGUGUCUACAAGAUCAAAGGGAGCGACCACUGUCCCUUUUUCUCGAAACCGCAAUCUCUCCACAAAAUUUUGAUUGAAAUCAUGCAACUCCCUUAACUAAAGUCAUUCUUCGAUCUAUCACGAAAGUUUAUAGAAAAGGAGGGCAAAGUAGAUUAAAAAUAGUAGAAAUUAUGGACUAUUAUUAUUGUCAUACUACUAAAUUUAAAAGAUUGUUUGUUUAUAGUCAAAGGUAAAGAAACAAACAAGUUUGAAAGUUGGGGAAUUUGUAAUUUUAUUUAUUUUUAAAUUCUCAAA